AUGAGGAUAUUCCAUUCUUAUUGUUUAGUCGUUGUUAAACAAUUUGCCUUACGGAAUACUAUGGAAAAAGUCGAAAGUACCGUACGAAGAGGAGAAUUUAAAUUAUUUUACGUAGAAGAAUAUUUACAUCAAUACGUAGACAAUGAUUGGACUCAGAGUUUUUUACCUUACACUGUUCCUACGUCGCUUGCAUACAUGAUGGAUAAUAAAAUCGAAGUUUCCAAGUAUAAAGGACAAUUCGAACCGCUUUAUGUUGAACAAUAUCUAUCAAAAUAUAUAAAUUUUGAAUUGAUUGAAUGCUUUUCACCAUAUGUCAUACAUAUAUCAGCUAUUUACAUUAUUGUCAUCUUCACUCUGCAACAUUAUAUGAAGUCCAAGCAACCGUAUCAGCUCCGUGGACCACUUUUCUUCUGGAAUACUUUAUUGGCAUUAUUUAGUAUUUGUGGAACAAUAAGAGUACUUCCUGGAUUGUGGAUCAUUAUUCGUGAUUUUGGAUUUACAUUUUCUGUAUGUAAUGUCAGUUUUGCUUUAAAACAUCACCCCAUUGAAUUCUGGGUUUGUAUAUUUGCAUGUUCAAAAAUCAUUGAAUUCGGCGAUACAUUAUUUAUUGUCUUUAGGAAACAGAAAUUAAUAUUCUUGCAUUGGUACCAUCAUAGUUUAACUUUGGUUAUAACAACAUACAAUGUUUCGGGCAAACUUUCUACUGGUUAUUGGUAUGUCGCAAUGAAUUUGUUGGUUCAUAGCUUCAUGUAUUUAUAUUUUGCUGCAAAAGCAAUAAAAGUAAAGGUGCCUCGUUCUAUUGCAAUUAUAAUUACAAUAAGUCAAAUUCUUCAAAUGAUCAUCGCUUGUUUUGUUACUAUAUGGGCUGCAAAUCAGUAUUUUACAGGAAAAUACUGUGAACAAAAUUAUCAGCUGAUUAUUUUUUCAAUGUUGGUAUAUACUACUCAUGCUGUAUUGUUUCUUUGUCUAUUUACAAAUACAUACUUUAAUAAAAGACAUAAGUCAACACUGCAGCAGCGAAAAGAUAAUUGA